GUGCUAUUGAACAUGUUUUGGCAAAAGAACUGCCUUCCAUAUAAUGACGAUGAAGCUGCUAUUCACGAAAGAUUUAAUCUUAAACAAAGAUCGAUUUUACGAGUUUUUAUACCAUCUUCUGUACUUGUGUCUUUAAUUGGUAUAAUGUGGCCACUGACAAAUUCAAAAAAUACAAUACCAUUUGAGAGAUGGCUUUUUUAUUCCCUAAAUUCGAGAAAAAGAUAUUGGAUGACUUAUGUAUAUGAGAACAUUUCAAUUAUUUUUGUUGUUGUUGCAUACGCCUUAUUCGAAACGUUAUUAGUCACUUUCACGCAGCACAUUUGCAUGCAACUUGAAGUUCUUAUAUAUCGUUUACUUCAAAUUAUGAAUAUAAGAAAUGAUAUUUGUGAAAAAUUAAACACUUAUGAACAAGAAUGUACAAUCAUAAGGGAGUGUGUUAAUCAAAACGUUCAUAUUUUUUCGUAAGUAAGGAUCAAAAAACUAUACUAUACUUCAUGCAACUAAGCUUAGAACCAUAAGAACCCGGAGAUCUUUCGAUGUCUUGAAUAUUCUGUCGAACUGGGUUCUUAUAGUAUUGCUCUAUUACUAGUAAUUUAGCAUUCAGUUUCUAAUUGUUCUUAUUUCAGAAUGGAAAAAAAAUUGAAUGACACAUUUAGCUUUUUGGUCUUUUUUCAAUUUUUUGUUUCCAUUUUAAAUUUAUGUACUGCUGCAUUUUAUUUAACAAAAAUGAAGAUAACUGAAGAACAUUUUUGGAUUUCGUGUUUGGUAAUAUAUUGCUUCAUCUCACAAAUCUUUAUUCACUGUUAUUUUGGGGAGGAGUUGACAAAAACGGUAAAUAAUUUUUGCUUAAAAAAAUUAAUACCCAAUAUGGCAAAAUACUAUAAAAUUAAAACCAAAAAUAAACAAUGGGAUUGUAUUACUAGUAUGUCUAUUACUGAUAAAAUUUGCCAAAUGGACUGGAACAUAUUAUCAAUCACAACCCAAAAAAAACUAAUAAUAAUAAUGAUGAGAGCAAAACGUCCUAUGCAAUUCACUGGGGCUUAAAUUGUUGUUUUUUCCAUAGAUACCUUUUGUAAAGUAAUUUAUUUUUUCUAUCAAAUAAUAAUAAUAAUAAUAAUAAUAAUAAUAAUAAUAAUAAUAAUAAUAAUAAUAAUUAUUAUUAUAAGCCAAUAAUGCAUUGUGUGUUUUUGAAAACAAAUAUAUUUAUUUUAAAUUAAAAUAAUCUUCCAUUUUUAUCAGGUUAUGAAAGCAUCUUAUACAACUUUUAAUGUACUGAAAAGUUCAAGUUAAAAAAUUAAAUUUUGUUUUUUAUAUGAAGUCGACAAAUUUAACGAACCUCUCAAUAUAUCAUAGCAUACUAUAACCAUUAG